GGCAGACACAUACAAUUUUUUCAUUUUAAUUUCACUAAUAUAGCUUGGAAUAAUUUUUCCAAGAAUUUGGACAUCAAGACAAGAGCCGUUAGUGUUUCAAAGAUGCGUUGGUGGCGCCAGAUCAAAUAGAUGCAGAUGCCGCCGCUGCACAAGCAAAAAGAGUCAAUAGCCGAAAAAUGAACAAUUUGGAUCACGUAAAACACUUUUAUCCCGAAAACUACAAAUUGGAUUUAUCGGAGACGAUGAAGGCGGCACUAUCUAAAGGCCCAGUGGGCGGUGGCGGAGGCGUGGUCAAUGCCACAGGCAGCAGCAGCAGUGGCAGCAGCAACAACAGCAAUUUAUCCAGCUCGAUGGGUGCACCAUCACUGAGCGAUUUGUUGCAGCAACAGCAGCCCAACGCCGGCGUUGGCUACGUGACCGAAAAGCUGUAUAUGUUGCUACAACUGUAUCUGCAGAACAAGGGUUGGAAUCCAAGUGCUGAGCUGCUGCAGUGCUUCAGCGAUCUGAAGGACAAUGCAAUGCUACCCAGUGCUGCAUAUUUGCAAGUGCUGGCGAAUCGACUAACGCUGGACUCGCAGGGCCGUCUAAUCCUGCGCGACAAUGGCAAGAUUGUGUUGCCGUUUGAGCACUUUGCCAAUGCUGUCAUGCUGAAGCACAUGUCCGGACCACAUGGCCUCCAUCUCAGUGUGGAUGCGACAGUGCGUGCGGUGAUCGAAUCGUACACGAUUGGACGGGAUCAGUUUGGAAUGGAGAAGGAGUUCAUUAUUGAGGUGGUACAAUCGUGUCCGAGUCCCGCUUGUCGCUACUAUAAAAAUCACAUGGGCAUCUCCCCAAUGCCAUUUAUGGAGCAACAAUAUCCGGGUGUGAAUACGCCCGAUUUUAUUCAACGCUUGUCGCAUCUGCCACCGAGUGCAGCAGCUGGCAGUGCCACCACUGCAAGUGCUGCUGCUGCUGCGGCGGCGGCUGCAGCUGCUGCUGCUGCGAGUGGUGUGUCCAGUAAUAGCAACAAUGCUACAACCGUUGAGAUUGAUCUGUCCAAGUCGAGUGGCGCAAAGGUACCGCCACAAUUGCAACAUUUGACCAAGCAGCAGCAGAGCAGCAUUCAAUCGCAGUUGUCCCAGAUCAGUGCAGCUGCUGUCGCCGCACAUCACCAGCAACAACAGCAGCAACAACAACAGCAGCAGCAGCAGCAACAACAACAGCAACAACAACAGCAGCAACAACAACAGCAGCAACAACAACAACAGCAGCAGCAACAACAACAAGCCCAGGCUCAAGCUCAAGCGAAACAUCAGCAGCAACAAUUGACGGCAGCCUUGAUACAACAACAGAAUCGCGUGCUCGCCCAGCAGAGCCUGGAGAAGCUGAGCAAUCUGAGCGCCUUGGAGAAACAGCGCGUCUUUGCCCAGCUCGAUCCGAAGCAUUUUGAUCCCAUGGCUGUGGCAGCUGCGGCAGCCAAUUUGCAAAUUCAGGGCAUGAUGCAGUCGCAAGCAGUCGCCGCCGCAGUUGCCUCCAAUCAGCAACAGCAGCAACAACAACAGCAGCCAGCGGCAUCUUUGACUGUCAGCAGCAACUCAGCAACAAUCAGCUCCAGCGUUGGCGCUCAGGUGCAUCAUGGUCAUCAUACGCUGCCAUCGCCGUCGCAGUCGCCACACUCUUUGUCCUCCUCGUCCUCCUCGCACUCCUCGAUGGAUCAGCUAACGCACAAGAAUAUGGCCGAGUCCUUACGCUCCAAUCUGGACUCGAUUGAAUCGAACAAGGAUCUGUUGGCAUUGCACAAUGGUGCCUGGACCAGUCAGGAUGCGAAUCGCAUCGAUCACACUGGCGUCGGUCAGGACAAGAUUGUGCGCAUCUUCUCGGAGCUGAUGCGCAAUAUGUCGCGCAUGAAGACCUACAUAAGACCCUCCAUGUGCAAGCCCUAUGGCAAGCAGAGUGAAAGCCUACAGAAGACUCUAAUGGACACCAUACAAAUAGUGCAGACGCUGCGUAAUUGUUUGCCAGCACCGCAUAUUCCUGUCUCGUCUUGGAAGAGCGAAAGCGAGGGCGGCAGUGUCAGUGUUGGGGGCGUUGGGGUUGGAGUGGGUGUGGUGCCGUCAGGAAUGAACCUAAACACACUCGGUUUGCAGUCCAAUCGUGUGGAUAACUUGCACUAAGUGAACCGCAAACUCAAAGCUAAAUCGCAUCUAAAAUUACGUUAGGUAAUAACUUAAUCCUGCGAGUAUCCCAACAACAACAACAAUACAGUAUUUAUAUAGCAGAUUUAUAUCAUCUUCAUUGGCUUGGCUCAUGGUUUUUCAAUUAUAACUAGUAUAUAUAUUAUGUGCCAUGGUUCAAACACAAGACUUGAUUUCAUUUCAAUAUUUGACUGAUUUUGUAUAGCUUGUUAAGGGCUUGUUAAGAUUUAUGCGCUUAAGUCUAAGAUUAAGAUUUCUUGCAAGAUUUCUUGGAUUUUAUUUAUUAUUUAAUUUGUCGCUCGUUUUAUUUACACUUUUGGCAUAUACAAAAUUAACUAAGCAUAUUAAUUCAAUUGGCAAAAAGUCUGUGAUAUUUAAAUUAUGUUUAACAAGCACAAGCAUUAGCAAAAACAAAACAAAAAUCCAAAAUUAAAAUUAAUUUAUUAUUGUGUGUUUCUUUUGUUGCAAACUGCAAUUUACUUUGUGCAAUAUUAUAUAAAAUUGUCCAAAAAAACAAAAAACUAUUCUUAAUUGUAUUCUUAACCACUUUUGUGCAAUUGAAAAAAGCAAACAACUUUCUCACUCAUAUCAAAAGCGCAUAGCAUUAAACUCAAGGGCGAAAUAUGCCCCUCUAUACUAUGUAUUAAAUUAUAAAUAAAUAUAAAUAUAUACGAUCUAAGAUAAUGCAACAUAUUAUGUAGUAGAAGAGAGUUCAGAGAGGUGCAGGCAAAUCGGAGUUGUAUUAAUUUGUAAGCAGUAGCAGAAGGGUUGUAUUUCGACUACACACACACACACACAAGCACACACACACAUAACAAACACAUUCGUAUGAAUAAGCUAAAUAAUAUUACAAAUAAUAAUAUAUUUUAUUCCAUGCUAAAAAAAAAACAUUGAAAAUAACCGAAAUAACCGAUCCUUAUCGAGCAUACAGUAUUAUUCAGAAAUAAAAGACACUUGCAAUACCAUUAAUAUUUC